CUCAGUGUUAAAAAAUUAAUAAAGCACGUGUUAAAUCAUCUAAUAAACUCAUAAUAACAAUACCUUAAAACAUAUAUUCAACGAGGAUGGAUGUCCUAACCAAGCCUGCGGAGGAGUUUGGUAAUGAUGAAACAUUGGAGCACCUGUGGGCUGCAAAGGCUAUGGAACACAGUGACAUUUACUUCAAUGUGUUAUGUUCAGUAGACACACGGUUGCUACGCCUCACCCCGCAAGAUGACCUAAUAUACACACACUUCAGGCAAGACUUCCCCGACCUAAAUGUAGCCUACAUCAAAGAAAACGAAAUAAAGAACAACCACAACAAAGCAAAAUGGCGUGCGUUUUGUGAAAAAUUCAAAAAUAUCAUUGAAGACUACAGUUUUGGGACUUUGAUGAGAGCAGACACAAAAGGGGACUACUCAGAACAGAAUACCAUUCUAGUGCCGAGAGUGCAGUUCUAUGCUAUAGAAAUCGCUAGGAAUCGUGAAGGAUUGAACAAUGAGGUGAAGAAACGGUUCAAAUGCCAGUCUAAAGCUAAUUUAGAGGCGCAGGAACACAAAACUGCUGUCACCGCGUAGGACUCGACUGCCACUUAUC